UGAUGCAGUAUGUAUGUACGAGCUCUCGAAGGCGAAGUCGAAGUCUCUGGCAUUUUACUACGAUUUGAAAUCUGAGCCGUGCAGGUCACUACGAAUUGGUCCUAGUCUUGUUUGCAACUAAUUGAAGGUUUCCCAACCCGUUACGCAAUAGAAUAAAGUAUACAAUGCGAACUUGAGACAGUUUUAAUAGUUGGGUGUCAAUAUCAAAGCUAAAAAAUCGUUUAAAGGGAUGGUUUACAUUUGUGAAGAAAAAUGGGUGGAAAUGAGAACACAACAACCAGUGAAGUUCAAGUUUCAAGUCCAAAUACCGGAGGAAUACUACAUCAUAAUAAUUUGGAAUAACUUGAGACUGUUGUUACCCAAAAAGUAUGCAACUUGGUGAUAAUUUUAGCGUGAUUAUACUGACUAUUUAAAAGUAGCUACACACACAGGGUGUUUAUAAUAUUUGAGGAAAUUGUUCGUAGUGGAAUUAGUAGUGAAAUCGACGGCUACAAAAACAUAGUCCAUCUUUAUAUCACAAUGUAUCCCUUAUCAAACGUGCUGGGAAAUAGUUUGACUGACAAUUAUGGUGAAGCUUAUCACUACGAAGUGGUCGAUGGGCCUUUCCCUUCAAGAGUCACAUCCAUCGGCGUGUGUGGGGACUUGGAGCCCGAACGACCAAUGCACCUCGCCUACAACGACAUCACUGACCACUACACCACCCAGAAUCAGCCACUAAUAAAUAAAGAGUUUUCAGUAGACCACCCAAAUUUGGAAGAGUUUGUCCCCUCCACCGCCCUCGUGUGGGACUGCAUCCUCUGCGGACUGGGGAAGGUGGAGGAGGGAACGGGUUGUACGACUUCCGGGUGCGAAGGGUCUCGACGGCCGGUCAAGAGACGAAACACGGCGAACAAGAAGGAGCGACGGAGGACGCAGUCCAUCAAUAAUGCCUUCACCGAACUUCGAGACUGCAUCCCCAACGUCCCUGCGGACACCAAACUGAGUAAAAUAAAAACCUUGCGUCUUGCCACGUCCUACAUUUCCCACUUGUCCAGCAUUCUGACCAGCGAUGACCCUCUCCGAACCCCACCCCCGUUCAAUGCAGACUUAUCAAGGAGGAUGACGAGAGGAGGAGGUGGUAAUAAUGGCGAAGAUAAGAGGAAGGAGAUCAUGGAGGUGAGUUUUAUUGGAGAAUCUGUUCCUCGAACCAACAUGCGGAUGGACUCUCGACGAGGGAAAGGAAGGACCGGAUGGCCGCAAACUUGUUGGGCGAUGGAACUACAAAAAUGAAACAAGUGACUUCCAAAUAUUGCUAAAAGAUAAUUUUACUCGAGCAGUAUUUUCGGAAAAUAUGAUAUCACACUCUCUCUCUCUACCUCUACGGUAUUUCAUCUACGUUCCUUCUCUCUCACUCUCUCUCCUUUUCUCUAUUUUUGAAAAUGUCUCAAUUUUCACAAAUUUUCACCUCGAUUAAUGGUCAAAGUAUUUACACAUCUCUCUGUAUUCAUACAUGCCUACAUAAAUACAAGGACUCUGUCAAAAUGUAAAAGUAUUCUACUCGUAUUACUACCUCUCGUAGAUAGAUUUCACUGGAUAACCCGUUGAUUAAUGUCGUCAGCUAAAACUUAUUAUUGAUUUUUAUAAGCAAUCUGCGUCGUGCAUGUAUCAGUAUUGAUUGUUAAGUCUCGUAAAAUGUAUGUAGCGUCGUAAAACAGUAAUAAUAUUUAAUAGUGUACCGUACAACUCAAGCGUUGAUAUGUCAUAUGUAUUAAUUGUAAUUUUAACGAGUGUGCCAAAGAUAUACGUAAAAUAAAUACAUAAUUAUACACAA